UGAUACAUUAAUAAUAUCGAUGUUUAUUUUGCAUGGUCGUGAAAAGUGAAAUAAAUUUAAAUUUUAAGGUUUUUGAUUAAUUUUUCAACGUUGCUAAUAUAUUUUUUAUAAUGGACAAUUCAGAUAAGAGUGUAGCCGACACGUUGCCCGACGAUGCUUGGAAGGAUACCUUCGAUAAAUUGCUAGAUGAAAGAAAAGUAUUGCGCGAGCUUAAUAUAAUAAAAAAGAAUGUUCACGCUUCCUACAAUAUGAAUUCGAGUUGCGGCAACAGCAGCUGUGAUAACUCUAAGUCGUCUAUAGUAAUGCCCACAUCGCAACUGGGGACUUCUCCAAUUACGAAACUAUCGAUUAAAAGUUUUAAAGUACCACCACCAUUUGAAGCACAGGCAGUUUCCAAAUCUAUGUCUACGCCAGUUCGAAAGCAUUUAGCCAGUACACCUUUCAGUUGUGACCUGUCCCCCAUAAUGGCUUGGAAUUUUAGGUUCCUAAGAACACCAAAAGUUCAGAGGACGCAAUCUGAAUUUAAUGCGACAAAAAAUAGUCGAAUCAUCCCUCUAGCAGAUCAUCAGUCUGCAAAGAAAUCCGCUGAGGAAAGUAACGAAGUUCCGCUUUUAUUAUUGAUUAAGAAACCAUCGAAACCCAAACAAGGGCAAAGACAAGUAUGUUUUGAUACAAACAACCAAGAACAUUUGCCACCGACUACGCGGUUGACUGUUCAAUCGGGGAAAUGGCGUAGAUCUUUGUAUUACUUACGACGAACUUUAGGUGAUUGUGAUCUUGUCGACCAUUCUAUUAAACCUUCUAAACGACUUACUUUUAUCGGCGAACGCAAAUCGAUAGCAUUGCAUUUGGAGAAUGCAGUCAAAGUUAAAGCGCCAAGUAGACGUACGAGAAGUCUAAGUCAAGAGAACUAUAGACGUCAGGUUUUAGAAAUUUGUCGCCAACGAAAAGUAUUAUCGUUUGAAAAAGCAUAUAAUGAGGAAUAUUUAGCAAAGUGUCAGAAAAUUGGAGAUGGAGCAUUCGGCGAAGUAUUCCUUUACACAAGUGCAGGAAACAAUGCUGAUGCAAUUGUUAUGAAAAUAAUACCUAUUGAGGGAAAAGAAGUAAUAAAUGGCGAAAUACAAAAGACAAUUGAACAAAUUUUACCAGAGGUGAUUAUAGCCAAAGAAUUAAGUGCACUAGCAAAAAAUCGAAGUGUUCGCAAACCUAACAUGACCAAAGGGUUUGUGAAUCUUUAUAGGGCUAGGUAUGUGCAAGGCGAAUACCCCGAAACUUUUGUAAAACUGUGGGAAGAUUACGACGAUGUCAAAAGUUCUGAAAACGAUAAUCCUAAGUGUUUUAGCGACACACAAAAAUACAUUAUACUGGAGUUGGGUUUCAGUGGCACGGAUCUUGAAUCGUUUACUUUUCGGAAUGCUGAGCAAACGUAUUAUGCUUUGCAACAGAUAAUCUUGACUUUGGCCGUUGCUGAAGAAGCUUAUCAAUUUGAGCAUCGUGACUUACAUUGGGGCAAUGUUCUUGUACUCAACACUGAGGAAAAGUAUAUUUCAUAUAAAUUGGCUGACAAAGAGUUGAUUUUACCUACAAAAGGCGUUUAUAUCACCAUCAUCGAUUUCACGUUAUCGCGUAUAACCUACAAUAACUGUUGCUUAUACAAUGAUUUAUCGAACGAUGAAGAGCUUUUCACUGCUACAGGUGACUAUCAGUUCGAUAUAUACCGCAUGAUGCGCAAAAUCUUGAACGAUCAAUGGGAAAAAUUUGAGCCAAAGACAAAUGUAUUUUGGAUAUCAUACAUAAUAAAAAAAUUUAUUUGCGGUGUUUCCUAUAAAAAUGAUAGUUCAAAAAUACACUCUCAGCAUAUAAGAAAAUUAGAAGAGUUUGACGAAUCGAUUCUAACUCACAGCAGUUGUGUAGAUUGUGUCAGCCAAUUAUUAAAACUUUAAUGACAAAAGGACUUUAUUUUUUACGUAGGCAAUAACAUGGUUUAUUUACUUAAUUCGAUAUACUUUUUGAACUGUAUUAUCAUAAAAUAUCUUUUGUUUGUUUUUUUUAUCCUUUUAUGUACACCAUGUUAGGAAAUUUCUAAGAUUUUAAUGAAAAAAGGUUUUAUUUUUUAUAUAGACGAUAUACAAGCACAAAGCUUAUUACUGUAACGAACAAUUUGCAAUUCGUUGCAAUUCCUUGUUUUUAAAUCCCUUUAUACACACUAAAUUAGCUAAUUACUAAGAUUUCGAUAAAAAAUGUUUUUAAGUUUUUAUGUAGCCAAUAUGCAGGCAAGUAGAUUAACUUUUUGACCUUUUAUAAAGCUUCAUGCAAAAAGACCUUAAUUUUUAUAUAAACAAUGUGCGUAUUUCUACAACCUAGUAUACUUUUUGAACUGUAUUUGCAUUUAUUAUAUUUUAUUUAUGUGUGUACCGCAUUAUAUCAACGUCAAUUAGUAAAUGUUCAUUAAAAAACUGCUUUACCUUUUUUGUGUAAAUAAUAUACAAUUGAAAUACUCUAUUUAUAUAACCUACUACUUUUUGAAUUUUAUGUACACUCCAUAUGUCUGUUUUCAAUUGCUUUGAAGUAAAAUUAUUUUUUUAUUGGAUCUUCUUUUACAUGAAUUAUUCUAAGUUUCUUUUCUAUUCAAAUGAAUUUUUGAUUUAUGAAAUGUAAUCUCAACAAAAAUAGUUUUAUUUUUAUAUCCACCAUCGACAGAUUUAGGUAUAUUCAUAUUACCAAAACGUUUGGAACACUCAGAAGGAAGCAUCAGAGACCCCAGAAAGUAUAUAUAUUCUUAAUCAGUAUCAAAUUCUAAAUCGAUUUAAGCAUGUCCACCUCUCCGUCUGUUCGUCUGGCCGUUUGUCCGUCAGACGGGCUGAAGCGACGGACACAAUCACAGCAUCGUGCAAACUGAGAACGCCUCUAUUUUUUUAAGGGAAUGAAAAAUAGGUUUUUUGCUCAUUACCCAUAAACUACAACGAAUAACUGUACAAAAAGUUGAGCCCAUAUUCUGUAGCAUUUGUGCACAAAAACUUCGCCUACGCGACGUUAUAGUGUAUCAAGGUUUAAUUAUAUUGUUACGAAAAUCCCAAAUUCAGUAAAUGCCAGCUAAGUAAUUUUUGUAAUAAUAAAUUCCCUAAAGAAGGAAAAAUCAAAUGAACAUUCGCAGGCGUCUCAUGCAGCAGCAGGUCGAUGAAAACGAUUAGCGGAAAAGCACGUAAAAGUUAAGUGCACAUUCGCAGGCGCGUCAGGCAGGUG